AGUGUUAGUUGGGGAAAAGGAUUGCGUAGGAGAAAACCCAAUUGAGCAUGACCACUACAAUUUCUUGAUUUUAGAAAACCCUAAUUUCUAAUCCCUUUCAUACUCUCUUCUUUUGGGAUCUAUGGAUUCUGCUGCUUCCUCUAGUACAAUCGCUUCUCCUGGGACAAAUUACAGCAGAUAUGAUGUUUUCAUAAGUUUUAGAGGCGAAGAUACUCGUUACUCUUUUACAGAUCAUCUCUACGAGGCGUUAGUUGGAGCCGGAAUUAGGACUUUCAGGGACACUGAUUCGAUCCAAAGAGAUGAAGAUCUGAAAUCGCAAAUCGAGAGGGCAAAGGCUUCAAUAGUUGUAUUGUCAAAAAAUUAUGCCAAUUCUACAUCAUGUCUUGAUGAGCUUCUGUUGAUCAUGGACCGAAGAAAGACCUUCUAUCAUAUAGUUGUACCGGUUUUUUAUCAUGUUGAUCCCUCCGAUGUUAAGAAACAACAAAAUACUUUUGCGUUAAAUGUCAACACCGGAGGAGAACGGUUCCAAAAAUCUGUGAAAUGGACUGCUCAUAAGGUGGAAAGGUGGAAGGCAGCCCUUACGGAGGUUGCUAAUUUGGAGGGCAAGGUUCUUUCUGGGCCUGAAACGAAGUUUAUCGCAGAUAUUGUUAAUACCAUUGGCGAUAAGCUACGUCUCAAAUUAGUUUGUACUCCACCACAUCUAACCGGCAUGGACACUCGAGCUGAACAUAUCAAUUUCUGGGUGAAAGAUAAGCAAGAUGCUGAAGUUCUUGCAAUUUGUGGCAUGGCAGGAAGUGGAAAGACGACACUGGCAAAAUAUAUUUACGAUUCGAACUUGCCUAAGUUUGAAAGUAGCAGUUUUCUUGAAGACAUUGCAAAGAUAUGUGAGCAACCCCAGGGUUUGUGUGUGCUACAGGAGCAACUUCUUGCAGACAUUUUGGAGGGAAAGAAAAAAGAACUUGAUGUUACUUCGUAUAAAAAUCAGAUUGAGACGGCCUUACAAGAGAAAAGGUUGCUUAUUGUUCUUGAUGACAUUGAUAAAAAGGACCAGCUAGAAGCUUUACUUGGAACGGAAAAGAUUAAUACAGAAAGCAAGAUUAUUAUAACAAGUAGGCUUUCAACUAUACGGGAAUGGUUUGAGUCUCGGAGGUGUAGAGAGCACAAACUUGAGUUAUUGAAUGAACAUGAAUCAUUAGAGCUUUUAAGUUGGCAUGCCUUUGGAUCCAAAAUUCCCAUGGAAGGUUUCAAGGAGCUCGCAUUAAAAGCAGCCCAGUAUUGUGCAGGAAAUCCAUUGGCUCUUAAAUUGCUGGGUUCUUUAUUUGUUAGUGCUAAAGACUCACGAAAAAGAAAUAACAUAGAAUAUUGGAUGAGUAAAUUGAAGUUAGAAAGAGACCUUGAUUACAGAAUACAAGAUAUACUCCAAAUGAGCUUUGACUACUUGCCAUAUAUCACUUACCGAGAGUUGUUUUUGCAUAUUGCUUGUUUCUUUAUUGGAGAGGAUGAAGAUUAUGUGGUGAAGAUAUUGGAGCCUGAUUACUGUGCAACAGCUGGGAUUGUAACCCUAAUUAAGAGAUGCCUUCUUACUGUUUCACCAAGCAACAAACUCAUGAUGCAUGGAGUGCUUAUAGAGAUGGCAAGAAGGAUAGUAAGUAAAGAAUCACCCACGAAUCCUGCAAAACGCAGUAGAGUCUGGUCUAAUGAGGACUCUUACACUCUGUUGAGACAAGGAAAGGGUUCAGAAACUAUAGAAGGUCUAACACUUGACAUGCGAAUGGUGAGGGAAGAGGAGCGUAACAUGGUAAUGAUGGAGGAGCGGAAAAUGCAAAAAGCCUUUGAGGCAGAUUCACUUGCAAAGAUGGAUAAUCUAAAGUUGCUCCAGCUCAACUAUGUGGAAUUAAAUGGGUCCUAUGAUGAAUUUCCAGAAGAUUUGAGAUGGCUGUGCUGGCAUGGAUUUCAUUUAGGAACCGUACCGUCAGAGUUAUUCAUGGGGAACUUAGUAGCUAUAGACAUGAGUUAUAGCAAAUUAAGAAUAUUUGAACCACCCAUGGUUAUCAGACCACUGAAGAUUCUAAACUUUAAAGACUCACAUAGUCUAGAGGAAAUCCGCAAUAUCUCCCGACUUCCUAAUCUUGAAACUUUGAUUCUUUGGAACUGUUACAGUUUGGUUCGUGUUUGUGAAACCAUUCAAGGGCUUACGAGUCUUGCUCUAUUGAACAUGACAGGGUGUGAACAACUGUUAAAGAUGGAGCAUAUUGACCCAUCAGAAGGGUUAAAAGCCUCGGACUAUGGUGGACAGAGUCCACAACAGCCGUUGUUUUUCUUUCCGCACUCGUUAGAGCGGCUAUUGCUGAAAAGUUGCAAUCUUGAGCGUAAUAAUAGUUUUUUAUUGAGUUUCCAAGUCCAAUCGUUUUUGCAGUACUUGCAUUUAGGCAGUAAUUUAUUUGAGUUCUUACCUGAUUACAAUCAUCUUAAAAGUCUUCGGGUACUUGACUUGAGUUUUUGCUCAAAACUUAAGUGCAUCGAGUGUCUCCCGAGUACACUAGAAGAGUUGUUUACUACGUGCUGUACGUCAUUGGAGAAAAUAACUUUCCAAACACAUCAGUUUACUUUGCGAGAGAUUGAUUAUGAAGGUUGUAUCAAUCUGUUGGAAAUUGAAGGCCUUCUAAAAUUGGUGCCGAUAUCCAAAAUGGAUGAAACAGAUUUGGGACAUAUGAAGUGGCUCAAAGAAUAUCAAAAUCAUGAGCUGUGUCUGAUCAGUGAUUAUCAGCUCACAGCUGGCAGAAGUUGCCAUAUCCAGAUGCUGUACGAAUUUGGUAUAAUGAGCGUAUUUCUGCCAGACAUAAAGGAUCCAAACAUAUCAUGUGAGUACGCUUCACAGUCCUCACCCUUAUCCUUCGAUGUGCCUUCACCUCCUAAGAAUCACAGGCUUAAAGGAAUAGAUGUGAAAUUCAAAUAUACAACAUCUGGCCAAGAGAAACAUGUAGGGCCGAUAUUUGCUAAAAUCAGUAACACAACCAAGGGUCAUGAUUGGAUUUACAACCCUAUGAUCUUUGGUAGACCUGGAAUUGGUGAAGUUGCUAUAUGGUUAAGCUAUUGGGCAAUGGAAAAAGUACUAGAUGUUGGUGACAAAGUCAAUGUGUCUAUUAUUGUGGAGAAUGGAUUGAAGGUACAUGAGUGUGGUGCAAGCCUUGUGUACGCCAAUGAUAAAGUAGAGAAUGAUACCUGGCACAAUAAUAUGGAAUGGGAGAAAAUUCUUGUAGAUUAUCUGUCUGCAUUUCAGCUGAGCACAAAAACAUACUAUCUCUGUCGUCGUGAUUUCUUCAAGUCAAUGGAGGUUGAUGGACCAACCCCUAGUUGGUUUAGGGAUGCUGUUGGUAAUAACAUCGACUAUACAGAGAUACAAGGAUGGAGAAAAACCGGACGAUCUCAGAAGCUACCACCAUAAUUUUCAGAUGUGGAAACUUUCUAAGGAAGCAUCCAUGGUCCCGGAGAAGUUUCCAGAAGAUUUAAUAUGGCUAAGCUGGCACAAAUUUCAUCUAUGAACCACACUCUUCGUCCACCCAUGGUUCUUAAUCACUGAAGAUUCUGAAUCUUUGGAUGCCCAAUCUUGUCAAAAUCUAGAAUAUCUCCUGAAUUUCUACCACUGAGAUCAUAAUUCUUAUGGGUUGGAAGCAGUUUGGCAUUUGUUUGUCAAGCCAUCGGAGACCUUGAGUCUCUCUCUAUUGAACAUAACAGGUUGUGAAAACCUGUGGCACGUUUCAUUGAAAUUGAUGUAUAUAAUCUCAAUCUAAGAGUUAAAAACUUCAAAUUUUGGUAGAGGAAGGCUGCAGCGGUCACUCUUCUGCGAUGCUUGAUAGAGUGUCAUUCUGCAACUGCAAUCUUGAAUGUUAACAGUUCAUUUUCUUGUGGGUUUCAGUGAUCAUUUUCACGGUACUUGAAUCUUCUGGAUCCAGAUUUAGGAUCAAUGACGCAUAUGGACUGGCUACUGGACAAAUACAAGAUGCAGUUGCUAGUUUCCUGUUACUCUGACCAUCUCUGUCUCCAAUCUUACAUGGUGCUAAGUCAAUGGUACAGCCAUCGGAACCUGAGAACAGACUAGCUUACAAUUACAAAGAUGAAUUUGGAUCCUAGAAUUUUAGAAGAUCGAAGAUGGGUGUGGUGGAUUUAACUUGUCAGUUUCGACCGUCUUCAAGUGGGUGUGUGGUGUUGAAGAUCUGGCACAAGUUCUUGAAUCACUGAUCAGUGAAGAAUUAUAGAGACUCUACUAACAUUGCUGGAUUAUAUAAAAGGGGUAUAAAGUAAUUAUAUAUGUAAUCAACCUGUUCGAGAUCUGUUAGAGAAGUGUGAUGGUUGUCAAAUUAGGAUUCUCAUAUAUUGUUCCUGUUAUUUUUUGUUUUCCAACUGUCCUCUGACCUGGUCUGUAUACAUCCUACCCUUUCCCAUUAUUCUUAGUUAUAUCUCAUCGUCAAGAA